AUGUCGCUCGAAGCAACCAUGGUCAUUGUCGACAAUAGCGAAAGCAGCAGAAACGGAGAUUAUACCUCGACAAGAUGGCAAGCACAGGUCGACGCCGUUAGCGUCAUCCACAGUGCUAAGAUGCGCGCACACCCCCAGUCAGCCGUUGGUCUUAUGAGCAUGGGUGGAAAGGGCCCCGAGGUUUUGUCGACAUUCACAUCGGAAUUUGGCGGGAUUCUGUCGGGUCUGCACCGUACAAAAAUUCACGGCACUCCUCAUCUGAGCUCGAGUAUACAAGUGGCUGCUCUUGCUCUGAAGCACCGUUCCGAGAAGUCCCAGAGACAACGCAUUAUCGUAUUCUCCUGCUCCCCGAUCGAAGAAGACGAGAAAACGCUAGUCAAGUUGGCGAAGAAGAUGAAGAAGAUCAACGUGUCGAUUGACGUGAUUGCCUUUGGAGAUUUGGAAUCCGACCAGACAAAGAAGCUGGAAGCAUUCGUGGAGAAUGUCAAGGGAGGUGACGGCUCCAACCUGGCAAUCAUCCCGCCGGGCCCGAACCUUUUGAGUGAGGAGCUCCAGGUUAGUCCGAUCUUGGGAGGUGAUAAUACCGGUGCUGGUGCGGAGGAUAGCGGUGAGGGUGCAUUUGGAUUCGAAGAUGCCGCCGAGAACGACCCUGAGUUGGCGUUUGCUCUACGGUUAUCGCUCGAGGAGGAGAAGAACAGGCAGGAGAAGGAGAAACAGGAGCGCGAGCAACAAGAAGGCAAGACCAACUUGGACAACAUUCCCGAGGAGGGGUCAAGCGGAGACAAGAAGGAUGGUGGAGAUAAGAUGGAUACUGCGUAA